ACACGUGUGCAUCGGGUAGAAGAUUCGUGUUGAUCAUUUUUAUUAUAUUAUUAUAGAUUAACAGUUUGAACUAAUCUAGUUUAUUGUAAACAGCGCACAACAGUAAGGUUGCUGUGUUAUCGGUGUAUUUGGGCAGGUGCUGACUGGUUUACCUGUACUGACUGUAGUUAGCCAGUGUGAUCAGUAGCACCAUGUUAUCAGAUUUUGAUUUAAUCGGAACUAUUGAGGAUGAUGCGGAGGUACAAGAGGAGGAAGAAUCUGGAUCUGAUGAUGAGGAGCAGCCUAUUGUGUUGGGUAAGGAAAAGAAAGCGCUAAAAAGAAAAGGAAAUGGAGACUUCAACAUGAAUUUUGAGUUUGGAGAGAGGGAAGGACUGUACAGUGAGGACUGGGCGAUGGCGGAUGUUUUGAGCCAGCUCAAAAAGAGAAAAUCACCCACCACAUUAGAUGAGAAGAUAGAGAAAGUGCGCAAGAAACGCAAAAUUGAGGAGAAAGCUCAGAAAGAAGGCAAGAAAGGUGAUGCUCCAGUGACCAAGGAAGAAGAUGACGAAGAUGAUGAUGAUGACGACAAUGAUGAUGAGGAGGAGGAGGAUAAAGAUAAGGAAGAUGAAGAUCCCAAUGAGGAGUCUGAUGGGGAAAACAACAAAGGAAGUGAUGAGGAGGAGGAGGAGUUUUCUUCAGGCGACGAAGAAGUACUUAAAAAAGCAGAUACACUAAGAGAAAAAGGCAAGAAAAAUAAAAAGAAAGCUGAAGAGCCUGAAGCUUUCUUUGAAGAUGCCUCGCAGUAUGAUGAAAACCUCACAUUCCAGGAUAUGAAUCUGUCCAGACCUCUGCUGAAGGCCAUCACCACCAUUGGCUUUAAGCAGCCCACACCAAUUCAGAAAGCCUGUGUUCCUGUGGGUUUGCUCGGAAAGGAUAUCUGCGCCUGUGCUGCUACUGGAACUGGUAAGACUGCAGCAUUCAUGUUACCCGUACUGGAGCGUCUCCUUUAUAAGCCAAGAGAGACACAGGUGACUAGGGUACUGGUGCUCGUGCCCACCAGAGAGUUGGGCAUCCAGGUGCACACUGUGGCACGCCAGCUUGCUCAGUUCACCAGCAUCAGCACCUGCCUGGCUGUGGGUGGUUUGGACCUGAAGUCUCAGGAAGUGGCACUAAGGGUGGGACCUGACAUUUUGAUCGCCACACCCGGUCGCUUGAUCGAUCAUUUACACAACACUCCAUCUUUUGAGCUCAGCCAGAUCGAGGUUCUAAUUUUAGAUGAAGCUGACAGGAUGCUGGACGAAUAUUUCGAAGAACAGAUGAAGGAGAUUAUUCGGCUGUGCUCCUAUCAGAGACAGACUAUGCUUUUUUCUGCCACCAUGAGUGAGGAGGUAAAAGAUCUGGCCUCAGUGUCCUUGAAGCAGCCAGUGAGAAUCUUUGUAAACAGCAACACAGACGUUGCUCCAUAUCUCAGGCAGGAGUUCGUUAGGAUUCGACCCGCCCGAGAAGGAGACAGAGAGGCUAUUGUUGCUGCGCUCCUCACUCGUACUUUCCAGGACCAUGUGAUGCUGUUUACUCAGACCAAGAAACAGGCUCACCGUAUGCACAUUCUGCUCGGCCUCAUGGGGUUGAAGGUCGGGGAGCUCCAUGGCAACCUGUCUCAGACGCAGAGAUUGGAAAGUCUCAGGCGGUUUAAAGAUGAGCAGAUUGAUAUUCUGGUGGCCACAGAUGUUGCAGCUCGAGGUCUGGAUAUUGAAGGAGUCAAAACAGUUAUAAACUUCACCAUGCCCAACACGGUGAAGCACUACGUGCACAGGGUUGGCCGCACAGCACGUGCAGGGAAAGUGGGCCGCUCUGUGUCUCUGGUCGGGGAGACUGAGAGAAAGAUGCUAAAAGAUAUUGUUAAAAAAGCCAAAGCGCCUACUAAGGCGCGUGUUGUACCUCAAGAGGUCAUUCUGAAGUUCAGAGAUCUGAUUGAGAAGCUGGAGAAGGAUAUAUACGCUGUGUUGCGUUUAGAGAAAGAAGAAAAAGAGAUGGUGCACUCAGAAGCACAGAUCAAUGCUGCCCAGAAGAGGCUGACACAGAGUUCAGAAGAGAGGCAGCCAGAAAGGUCUUGGUUCCAAAGCAAGGAUGACAGGAAGAAGGACCGAAUGAACAAAGCGCUUCAGGACUUUGACUUGGCUCUUAGGGGGAAGAAGAAGCGUGCCCAAUUUUUGAAAGAGGGCACGAAAAAAGUGCUGUCGGCGGAUGAAAGGGCUCAGUUCGAGAUCCUUAAGUCACAGAUGUACGCUGAACGGGCUGCAAAACGUGACCGCAAGCCUAAAAGAGCCAGAGCUGUUCCAGAGGAUGUGCCCAAAAUUAAAGCCAUGAAACAAAAAGCUGGAAAACCUGCGAAGAAGUCUGUGUUUGACAAUGAGCUCACCAAUGUUAGCAAGAAAGCCCUGAAGCAGUACAGAUCAGGGCCUUCCUUUGUGGACAGGAAAAGGUUAGGUCUUGCUAACAAAAAAGGAGGCCGCUUUAAAUCCAAACCCAAAUUUAGAAGAAAGUAAAGUGGUGGAUGAGAUGACAAAAGGCACACAUUUCCCCACUGGUCUGAUACCAAAACUGAAACCUAUCAUUGCAAAUUUCCUCUAGGAACAAAAGAACCAGGGCAGUUUUGCCCUUUCUAUGCAUCUGUACCUAUUUUUUUUUAUAUGUGAAGAGGAAGCAUGAGGAGAAAUGCAAUGUUCUUGAUAUGGUUGGAACUAAAGUAUUACUUCAAAAUCCAGUGAAAAUUGAAAUGAUCCCUCCUGUUUAAUUUGAUGUGGUAAUAAAAAAAGCAAUACAUUCUA